AUGACAUCGUCUGACGAAAGCCAACAAGAAGACAGAGCGCAGAAGCGUCUGCGCCUCGAACAACUACAGGUUGUUAGGGAAGUCCCAUUGGAUUUUGCCGCUGCAUCAAGCUUUCACUCAAGAGGGCAGAUUCAGUCAGCGCCCAUUAAAUUUGGCGAACACUGGCAUCUGGCUUUUAGUCAAAGUGCCGCAAUAUCGGCGCAGGACCAGACUGCGGCUGUUGAAAACAAUGGAACUGCAACUCAGGAGCAAGCAUUACCUAAUUUUCGACAAGGGCAGGCAUUAUGCGAACACCAAGAACACUCCACGGACGACGAAGCCCUGCACCUCGAUACGUCGAGGCCUCAUAGGGAUAUGCGGCAGCGUUGCAAUCUGAUCGAUAUGUCAAGGCCUUAUCCCUUUCCGAUAAAGGAGACGGAUCAGCGUCGAGACCGCAUCUCUUCGCGAUUCCCUGUAGUGUCUCCCGGCUUUUGUCUCCCAGUGAAGACGCCAGAACGCAGUCAAUCGGCACCAGUAUCGGACUAUGGAGAAAACUCAUCUCAGCCGGAUAUUAUCGAUCUGAUACUCUCACCCGAAGCAGAGAGUUCUGACUAUACGGAUUUAGAAGAUACUGAAAGCUCCAUCCAGUCGCAAGAGGAAGAAGAUUCAAGCCAAUAA